AUGUCAAACUGCCUCAACAUGUCCUCCGAGCAAGAAGAUUCGAUCGCAAGAAGCAUGAGUACUGUCGAAGAAUUUUCGAAGCGUGGAGCGGCUAAAAAUGUAACAGUCCGUAGAACGCGACAAUUAAGGGUAUUUACCGAGAAGAAGCCGGUCGAGAAGAACGAAACGAUCAAUGCGAAGUUGGAGUCAAAGAAGAACGAAGUAGGAAAAGUCGAAUUGAAGAAGAAAGAGAUCAAGAAGGAGGAUGUGAAGGAAAAGAAGGAAGUGAAGAUUGUGGCCCCGGUUUCGCGGGUCGUUUCCCCAGUUCCUUCUCGACCGAUUUCGCCGGUUGUUCAGCAACCAGUCCCGGUUUCUACCCCGAUUGCUUCCGCUCAGGGAAUCUUGAGGCAGCCAAAUGGACCCGGACUUUUAUCGGUCAUCAAGAAGAAGUUCACCGAUGCUAAACGGAAGCUGUCAAGCGCGAUUGGACGCUUGAGUGGACGCCACCCACCAGAUGGCCCAGCUCACCAAUAA